AUGGGACGUUUGCUCCGUGUCACUCUCCCUCACGAUCAGGCAGACAAAGAAAUCCCUUUUUUAUUUUAUUUUAGUGCGCCUGCUCGUCUGCUCGUCCACAGUAAGUUAGCAAGUUCGCAAACCCCAUGCGCGCAACCUGUUCUGCAAGCUCGAAAAUUUGUCCUAGGCUACCGACGUCAUGCAGCAGAUCUAGAUCGUCCGCGGAUCCGGCAUGCAGUCCGACGACCCAAAACAGCCAUCCCGUUGAUGUUAAACAUAUCAAACUCUCAAACACUCAAACACCCUCCAAACGAAGCGCUCUCUCGCCGUGACGCGGAGCCUGGCCUACGCACCUCCUACGGAGCAUCAUUAUCCAGAAUCAUCGAGGCAUCCCGCGAUCGAAUCCAAAAGGCGGCGAUCGUCGCCGGCCCGGAGAUCGCGAGGGUUGGGGUUUCCGACUUCGUCUCAUGGCCGACUUAUGAUCAAAGCAGUGUGGGAAACUCCGUCGUCGCCUGUUUCAAACCUUUCCCAAUUUCGAGAAUUGAUCCCGGGCUGGGAUGCAAUAAUGUUAAUGAUGCCAAGCAUAGCACAGCACGGCCAGUUCUGCCAAUCGGCACUCGUUUGAGAUUGUUGAGCUGGGGCAAUCCUGGACCGGUGGGACGACAGAAGCCCUACUGCUACUCGCCCUCUCUCCACAACCGAACCAGACAGAGCGAGCCUGACCUGCAUCCAUUUUCCCAAUGCCGGAACUUACGGGCUUCUAGAAUCAACUUUGAGAACACCGCGUGGGCUUGGCUGCACCGAGGCACCAUGUCUUAG